GCCUCCAUCAACCUCUCUUUCCCUGCAACACACAUAGCAUACAUAUAAUACUAAUAACAAUAUAAUAUCUACAAAUUAUGCAUGCAUACCUAUAUAUAUAUACAUACGUUCACUCUUCUAUCAACUCCAAAAUCAACAAUCAUUUUAAAAUUUAAACUCUCUAAUGGCGACGUUGCUUAGCAAGCUGAGAAGGGCGGUGGAGAAGAUCAAGUUUCUGCUUAAUUUGAGCGUGAAUAGAUGGAAAGUGGCGACGAUGAUAAGCAAGAGAGGGCUGAGCUUCAACGAUAGGCCCGGAUUGAUGGCCUGCGUGGAGGAUUCGGGCUCUGACGAGAGCCCAGGGUCGUCGAGGGGGCUACAAAGGACGACCAGUUACCUGCCGGAAGAUGAUAUCGAUAAGAGAGCCGAUGCGUUUAUUGCUAAUUUCUACAAGCAGCUUCAGUUCGAGAGGCAGAUUUCGUUGCAGCUUAGGUAUUGUAGAGAGAAUUCUUCUCCAUAACUCAAACCCAAAUUCAAAUUUUUUUUUCUUUAUAAUAAAUCACUGAAUAAGAUCUAUUGUGAUGUGGUGGAGAUUUGAGUUUUUAUGAAAAUAUUUCCAUCGAUUGAAAAUGAGAGAGUAGAGUAGCGUUCUUUGUUGAUUAUUGCUGUAACUAUUUUGUUAAUACAUGAUCGUUAUUGUUGUAA